AUGUCCGACACAGAACCGGCGGCGGCGGCGAAGGCACCGACGGAGCGGAAGCCCCGGCGGCUGCGCGGGCACAAGAAGGGCGCCGUCACCUGCUGCGUCGCUUCCUCCGCCCGCCCGGGCGUCGUCGCCUCUUCCGGCGAGGAUGGAUGUCUGUGCUGGUUUGAUUUGCGCACCAAAGAUGUUAUUUUGACCAUUGAGGCGGCGAAUAAACCUAUUUCGUCUAUCUGUUUUAAAGCAGGGAAUGAAGAUUUUAUAUAUGCAUCUGCUGGAAAUGAAAUUCUGGCCUUUGAUGUUCGUAUGGGUUCUCAAUCAAAGCCACUUGAGACAUAUAACUACAAUAGAGAUGAAAUCAACCAGAUUGCUGUCAGCUCUAAAGGCUUUCUUGCCGCUGCAGAUGACAGCGGGGAUGUUAAGAUUGUCAACACGACUCAAAAAUGCUUGUACAAAAGAUUGAGGGAAGCCCACACAAGUAUUUGCAGUACUGUACAAUUCAUUCCUUGGAGACCUUGGACAGUAAUUACUGGUGGCCUUGACUCAAAGCUUGCUGUAUGGGAUUUCUCCAAAGGGCGAACACUAUUUUCUAUUGAUUAUGGAUCACCUGAAUUGCAAAAUGGCAGUUCUUCUGGUAGUGCAGGUCAAUGUUUCAACCCUGCUUUCGUUCACUCAGUAGCAGUUUCUGAAGAGGGCAUUUUAGGAGGGUUGUACAAAGUUUGUGCUGCUGCAAGGGGGGACGGUGCUGUUGACGUAAUUGAUCUAGAAUAUGAACUGGCCCCUGCAAAAUCAAAAGGUCCUUCUCGGGCAGGGGCCUCGACCAUGAGCUCAAAAAGAACCGAUCUUGGAGAUGGAAGCAGUAACCAAAGUCAAGGGAAAAGGAUCCAUAUUGAUUACACAAUGGGUGGACAUACUGCAGCAGUGUCAUGUGUAGCAUUUUCAGCAUUUGGUGAGAAGGGAAAGUUCCUUGUUUCGGGUGGUAAUGAUGCAUCAGUGAAACUAUGGGAUUGGUCCAAAGGAUUUUCUUCUGAAACAAACAGCACUAGUGAAUUGCUGUUGGAUAUUGAUGUGAAGAAAAAGGUAAAUUGGUUGUGUACUGCUCCAACUGAUUCAGAUAACCUGAUUGUGUGCGACACAUCCAAAGUGGUCAAAGUGUAUAAUUUCCCGUAGUUGGAGAAAUGUGUGGCAUCAUUCUACAAACAGUUUCCUGACCGGGUAACACAAUAUGUUCCCUGGUCAUCAGUGCCAUGUUGGUGGCUCUGUAGAUGGAGAAAUGUGUGGCAUCAUUCUACAAAAGGUUUCCUGAUCGAGAAACACAAUAUGUUCCCUGGUCAUCAGUGCCAUGUUAACGGCCUUAGCUCCUGCCUCUUCAUAUGGAUCGAAGCCAGCGACAGCUAGACUUGUGAAAUGACAGCUCAAAUAGCGGGUUCUCCUUUUGGGACAACAUGUAUGGGACUUAGGGGCUCUGCUGACAUUAUUAUAUUUUGUAACAAUACCAAAUUUAUGUUGUAGUAGACUUAUGUG